AUAUCGAUUUUUGACUGACACUCGCGACUAACUUCAAACCUUAAUCAUUACAAACCGGGCCUUGUUUUUGUGUCAACAUGUGUCGAUUUAUUUAAACUUUUCUCAGUACCAGGAUCUAUUUUAAAUGUUUAUUACGUAGAAUAAAUACGCGAGAAUUUUCGUCAAAUUUUAAAAGGUUUGUGGGACUUCGGAAUGAAAGAAGUAGAUGAGAAUUUUGAAGAAAAUGAUAUCAAGCAGGAGAAUGGAACACCAUGUGAAAAUACAGAAGCUUCUAUUGGAAUAAGACCUCGACCGUUGAUUUGUAAACCGGGACAUGUAAACGUGGGUUGUAAAUCGGAACCUCUUGAAACAAAAUGGCAUUGGGCACCUGGUGCAUGGCAAGAUGCGACUCGAACGAGUGCAUUUCAACCUUACAAGCCUCCUACAUUGCUCACAAAUUUGCAAAGAGGAAACACGCAAACGGAAAUUCCACAACUUUAUGUAGGAAAAGAUAUAACUUUUUAUACACUCGCUGGUCAAGGGGAACUUACACCUGAAGACAUUCGUCCUGGAUCGGUGGAUGAACUGGAUGAAAAGGGAUUGUCUGGAUUAAUGUGGGCUGCGGGAUAUGGACAAUUGGGUAGUGCGAGACAACUUUUGGAAGCUGGAGCUGAUAAAAAUUGUCGAGGACAUCAAGGACAAACACCUUUGCAUUUGGCAGCAGCCUAUGGACAUCAUGAUUUAGUGAAACUUUUAUUAAGUCACGGCGCUGAUCCUAAUCUUUCUGAAGAGGAGGGUAAUACUCCUCUGAUCUAUGGAGCAAAUGGCGAUCACCCUCACGUUUGUUACGAACUCUUAUCAAAAGGAGCGGAUGUAACGCAUCGAAAUAUUCAUGGUGUGAGUGCUUAUCAAGCUGCGAUUCUAAACAACGCAACAACAGCGAAAGCCGUGAUAGAAAACUACCUUGUACAAAAAGUUGUAAGCUCAUCGACUGGAAUUUUUUCCUAGGCUUAUGCUUAUUGCACAAAUUUGAAUAUUAAAAAAUUUUAAAGCGAUCUAUUUCGAGAUAAAUUCCAUCUAGUUGUAGGUUCGUUAAUUUUCUGUAUAUUGAAGUUUGAAAAGAGUUAAUGAAUGUGAUUUUUUACUUGUUUACAAAAUUAUUUUUUGGCUGAGUUGUUGUGAAUGAAUUGUAUGAUAAUAUUGAUAAUUGUUAAAUGAACAACUUAUUUUUUAAGUUUUGACUAGAUU